AUGAGUGAAGACGAAAGUGUUUCUGAUGAUUUACUUAUUUCUGAAACUUUUGAAGAUUAUUUUUCAUUAAAAUAUGAACCAUAUCAAGAUGAAGAAGAGGAAAUAACGAUCAAUUAUCAAUUUGCAUGGAUUUUAUUAUGGUUAAACAUACCAGAGACUGCAACUGAGUCUCUUAUAAAAUUUAUGAAAUUAAUUCUAACUGAAAUCAGUGAUAAUAAGUUUAACAGAUUUUCAAGCUUAACUCCUGACCCUUAUCUUUAUCAAAUCCCAGAACCAGGUGAAUGGUUUGAAUAUGUUGUAGUUGAGAAUAAUUCAUCGAAAAGAGUAGGAGACAAAAUGGAGUACCCAGAAGUAGUAAGACAACUUAGUAAAAAAAUCAAUAUUAGCUAUUAUCUGAAUAGUGUUGUCAACCUCUGUGCACGAUUUAUUAACUAUGAUAAAUUAUUCCAACUAUCAUCUGAAAUUGUGCUGGAGGUCUUAAAAAGGUUAAAAGAUGACAGUCGGGUCAAGCUUAUGAUUUGA